AUGAAGCUCGUCAGAUUUCUUAUGAAAUGCCAGAACGAGUCGGUGACGAUUGAACUGAAGGGCGGCACCAUCAUCUCUGGAACUAUCGCCUCCGUCUCCCCACAAAUGAACACGGCGCUCCGAAAUGUCAAGAUGACGCCUCGCGGGCAAGAAACGAUUCAGCUGGAGACUCUUAAUGUUCGCGGAAGCACCAUUCGUUAUUACAUCCUCCCCGAUUCGCUUCCCCUCGACUCGCUCUUGAUCGACGACUCUUCCAAGCCCAAGAACAAGGCCCGCAAGGAGGUGGAUCGUGGUGGUGCCAGAGGAGGCGGUCGCGGUGGCCGUGGUAUGCGUGGAGGAAGAGGCGGUCGCGGUGGCCGUGGCAGAGGAAGGGGUUAA